AUGGUUCGAUUAACUGAAUCAAUUGUUUAUAGUCGUACCAGAAUUACCGUCGAAUGUGUUCGAAAGUUGAAUUUAUGGGGUUGUGAUAUUGAUAACAUCGAUCUCUGCUCUCAGAUGAUUAAUUUGCAGAUCCUUUCUCUUAGUAUGAAUAGAGUGAAAUGUUUAAAACCGUUGGAGAAUUGUAUGCAGCUAGAAGAAUUAUAUCUUCGGAAAAAUGAAAUUAGCAGUUUAAAUGAAUUGGAGCAUCUGAGAAAUCUGAAGCUGUUGAGAAUUCUUUGGAUUGAUGAAAAUCCAUGCACGGCUGACAACAAGCAUCGUGCGAAAGUUUUGCGAAUUUUACCUAAUCUUACACGUUUGGAUGACAAACGUAAGUAA